UUCCCGUUGCUCCACCAGCUCCACCAUGAGGUCAAGUCCUCGCUUGACCUCAAGAGCCAGGUGACCUCGUUGAUCGCUCUCUUCCUCAAGUACCUCAAGGAGCCCCGCUACCAGUCGCCCUUGACCAUCAGCGAGCUCAGCUCGUUGUUCCACUACUUCUACAAGGACUUGAACGCCUUGGUCAUCCACGCAUACACCCUGUCCAACUCCACCAAGAAGCAGCUCAUCGCACUGUCUGCCACCUUCAACCAGAACCCCAAGACUUUCGACUACCUCUUGGCCAUCGCCAACUACAGCACCUCGUCCAUCAAGUUGCUCAAGCGCUCCGACAACGACGCCUUGUACCAGCUCCGCGUGUUCAACUACUACAAGUUCCUCACCAUCUUCGAGACCAUCGAGCAGGCCCAACUCACCCUCUACGACUCCACCAACACUGCGGAAGAGUCGCUCUACGACAAGAUCUUCCGGUUUGACGAGCGCGACGUCAUCUACCAGGAGUUCUUGGAGGAGAAGUUGGACCUUCUCCGCCGCUUGCAGGUUCCGUUCUCCCACUUCAUCGAAAGCAACCAGGGCGAAUUGAUCAACUUCAUCGAAAACUUACCCGACCAAGAAUUGCACGAGUUGAACGCAACCUUCGCCAAGCUAAAGUCCAAUAUUACCCCAUACUCAAAAAUGACCAGCAUUGUCGACAUGCACAAGAACUUGAUCAAGCUCUUGGUCAAAAACGGUUUCAAGAACAAUGCAUUGAACAAUGAUGUCUUAUUGCCCACCUUAAUCUUUCUCAUCAUCUACAAGUUGGAAAAUAAAAACGACCUUUACUUGAACUUCACGUUUAUCAAAAAUUUCAUCAAUCUUAUAGACCCCUACAAGGUCGAGUUAUUCAAUGUGAAUUUGAGCUCAUAUGUGCCUGUUGAUAGAUCCACCAAACCAAUGUCUAACAAAUAUAGACAAUGUCAUUUAUUCGACUUGAUUAACCUAAACGAGUCGCAAUCACUGCCAGAGGAGCUCGAGCAUGAAGUUCCCGAGGAUUUCAAAUUUUAUGAUAAUGAUAAAGACUUAACCCAGUACAUCUUGGAAAAUUUCUUGAACAAUGGUGAGAUUAAUUACUACUUGACCAACUUCGAAGCCAUAAUCAUGUACUUGUCAGACAUUACGAUUGACGAGCUCGACACUGGCGAAGAAUUGGUGGAUGUUGAUAAGUCCAAUAAAUUGUUUCAUACCAGUCUACUGAAAUUGGUUGAGGAAGAGCUCGAAACGCAUUUCAAGUUUCCAGACGGAGAGUUGGAGCAAGCAGAUAAGACCAAGGAAGACACCGAAAAGACUAGGUCGAGGUCGUCGUCCAUUAUGAAUACCAUAAGCAACAAGCUCAACGAGACACGGUCCCGGUCCAACAGCUCGAUCAUGAACAGUCUCAAGUCUUCUAACAUUUCGUUGAGCAAAGAGAACUUUCCUACGUUGGCCAGUGAAAAUGAGUCAAUCCAUGCACCAGCAGUUGAAUCUGAGACCAUCAGCUUGUCGAUGAUGAAGAAUAUUUUGGGCCGCAUCGGCUCGGUAUCGGUUCUGCAGUUCAGGGGUCUCGAAGAUGGCACGGUGGAGACCAUCAACGGCAAUGAUGACGACACUGUCACUGUGGUGACCCCCGUCAAGAAAAAUGGAUCCUUGAUAAACCGAUUGUCGCCUAGCCACACCAGAACACGUUCGUCGUCGUUGGAAGCCACCCAGCCGAUUCUUGCAGGAGCUUCACAGAACAGCACCAGCAGCAAGCGCAACUCGAUCACCUCCAAGUUCACCAGUGGGGUGUCUGAGUUUAUGACCAAGUUGAAUACCACCAACUACCCCGCGCUCCAGCCCACCAACAAGAACGUGUCGAACAGCUCGUUGCAGUCGCUCGACAACGGCGUCGACCACGACCAUGUCAGCGUGGCUGGGGCAUCGAAGCGGCCUGAGUUCACCAGAAGCAGAACCACCAGUCUCCAGAUCAUGGACAAGUGGUUCAACAACAUUGGGGUCAACCAAACGCGGGCUCCGUUGGCCACCAACACGGAGGAGCUCGAUCUCAAGGAGCUCACACGGUUCCAGAGUACCGAAGUGGAGCUGAUGUCCAUCAAGGACUUGCGGGUGAUGAAGAACUACUACGACCAGCUCUGUCUGGAGGUGCUC